AUGUAUUUGUUUGUUUGGUUGAUGGAUAGUGGAGGUUAUGCUGUCGAAAUUUCGUUAGAUUCAAGUAACAUGUCUCAGCGUAGAAGUUUAUUUUCGUUUGGUCGAUUUGGUCGGUCUGAUCGGGAUGAGCAGCCGACUGAUGACACAUCUGAUGGGUCCGGUACAGGGAUUUCUGCGACUCCUGAGACUCCCCAGGCCUCUAGUAGUUCACGGGCUAGACGGCCCAGAGGCCCUACAGCUGCCGCCAUCACCAUCAGGGACAGCUCGACUAAGAAAGCACAUGGGAGGAUUGUCUUUCAGAGGAUGCCUAAUGGUGCUUUGAUGGAGCCAGUGGGCCUGGCCAAAGCCUGCACUAAAGCAUUUAAGAGGGUGGAUAACCCAGGUGGGUACACUUGGAGGUUGACUCCCCCGGCUGUGAAGGAUUCGUACUAUGCUGAAUUACAGAAAGAGUUUGCUUGGUCGCCUGAGGACGAGCUAUUGGUCAUGGCGAUGUGGGAACAGAAAGCCAGCAAGAGGUACAGUGACAUGAUGAGUGACUACAAGAGGAAGCUCAAGGCUAGUACCGAUAAAGGUCGGGAGAUGGAUAGACCCCUCUGGAUGUCUGCCGAAUUCUGGACAGGACUCCAGGCAUACUGGAGUCAGGAGGCUGUUCAGGCCGUUUCCCAGCGAGCACGUGCGAACCGGAUGUCUGAGCCCGAUGGACCCGGUACAGGGAUCAGCAGGCACGUGGGAGGGUCUCAGUCCACUCGUAUCCUGCAGCAGAGUCUGAGCUUGGAGACUGGACUCCCCCCGGCUGCACAGAACUAUAGCACCUUCCUCCGCCUCCACAUGCGCGAGGAUGGAACUUUUCUGUCACCGAGGGAUGAGAGACUAGAUGCGGAGAUUCAUCGCAUUGCUGUUGAGACUGGGCGAGAGGACCGGCUGCCUGAGAUCUACUUGGAGGUCGUACGGCCUGACAGGUCCCGACUCUACGGCACUGGAAGUGCCGGUAGGAGCCAGGUUAGUAGGGGGUCUUCUCAAAGCAUAGGCACUUCCAUGAUGUCUCAGCAGCUGUAUGAGACACGGAUCUCCCCGCUGGAAGAGCGCCUUCAGGCCGAACAAGCAGCACGUGAGGCCGAACGAGAAGCUUCUCGAGCAGAACGUGAGGCCCUCGAGCAGCGUAUGGCUCAAUUCGAGGAGUUCAUGAGGCGGUCGGGUCUAGGGAUGGCAAUCUACCCGUGGGCAACGGAUAUCCGCGAAAACCCGAACCUAUUAGGGUGGGUUUGGAUACCAUUUGAUAUCCACGGAUAGUUUCGUGGUUGCAAUUCACUAUCCAUUUAGUUUGUGGAUAUGGAUUUAGAUACUUACUAUUCAUACCCGCGAAACUCGUUUACCCGCGAAAAAUACCCGCCAAUUACCCGUCAAAUAUCCACAAAAAAUUCCAUAAAAUAUGGGCUUUGAAUAUAUAUUUUGAGAUUAUGAGCUAUCAUAUUAUAUCUUAAAAUAGGUCCAACCAGAAACUGAACUA